UUCUAAGUGUCUGCUACCGACCAUGAUGAUGAUUUUGCUCUUCGUUUGUAUUGGCCUUGCUGCCAGCAGUCCUCUUGAGAGAAUCGUCAAUGGUGCUGACGCUUAUUAUGGAGAGUUUCCAUCACAAGCGGGUUUACUCAUAAAGUCAUCCAAUAGUCAUAUUUGUGGUGGUGUUCUCGUUAGUCGACGAUAUGUUCUUACUGCUGCCCAUUGUGUUGGACAAAGUGCCUCUUAUUACCGAAUUGUUUUAGGACGUCACCGACGAAACAAUGCUGACUCAGCAGAACAAUACUUGGACGUCACUAGAAUCACAAUCCACCCAGGAUACAAUCCAAAUGGCGCUGGUUUCCCUAAUGAUAUGGCUAUGUUGGAACUUUCUGCUGAUGCCAAUACUGGUAGCAACUACAUCUCAACAAUCUCAUUAGCUGAGACUAAUGAUGAUUUCACUGGUCAGACCUGUACCAUCAGUGGAUGGGGACGUCUUGUCGGUGGUGGUAGCUUGGCUAAUACUUUACAGAAAGUUGAAAUGACUCAAAUCUCCAACGCACAGUGUUUAUCUGCUAUGACAAAUGUUGGUAAUGCUGCUAUUUUGAGUUCACAUAUUUGCGUCCAAACAUCUGGAAAAUCUGCCUGCAACGGUGACAGUGGUGGACCAAUGUACUGUAACGGUAAAUUAGCUGGUAUUACAUCAUGGGUUGUUGGUAGCUGUUUGACCUCCUACCCCAGUGUUUAUGGACGAGUCUCAAGCUUCAGAUCAUUCAUUGAUCCUUUCUUAAACUAGAUACAUUAGAAUUAUAAUUUAGUUCAAUAUC